AUGGUUACGAGACUUUUUAGUUCAAACCCUUUUGACGAGGAUGUCGAUAAGGCUACUUCGGAAUUUAUUCCCAAAGAUCACGAUGAUAUCAUAUUAUUUCUUGAUAUCAGUGAUCAAAUUCGUAGUAAAAAAGUUUUAGCAAAGGAUGCGAUGAGAGCUCUGAAAAGAAGGAUCACUCAUUCCAAUCCUAAUGUUCAGCUCUUGGCUCUAAGUUUGACAGAUACUUGCGUGAAGAAUGGAGGGAACCAUUUCCUGAUUGAAGUGGCAUCACGUGAAUUUGUAGAUAGUUUGUUGUCAAUUGUCAGGUCUCCUACGGCCAAUCCUGAGGUUAGAAAUAAACUUCUUGGCUUAAUUCAAACAUGGGCAUUGGCUUUUGCAGGCAAACCCGAGUUGGUGUAUGUCACAGAAACAUAUCGAUUGUUGAAGUUAGAAGGAUGUGUAUUUCCAAAAGUCGAUCAAACAUCAUCAGUUAUGAUUGAUACCGCGACGCCACCUGAAUGGACUGAUAGUGAUGACUGUGUACGAUGCAGAACUCCAUUCACGAUGUUUAAUCGUAAGCAUCAUUGUCGAAACUGUGGUCAAACAUUUUGUGGUGAAUGUUCAUCCAAAACAUCUUCUUUAACACAUAUUGGCAUAAAUGAGCCAGUACGAGUAUGCGAUGGUUGUUAUCAAAAGAAACAGGUUAAGGCUAGAAGUGCUGAUUUUUCAAGUUCCAAAAGUUUACCGGAGGAUGAAGAAUUGAAGAAAGCAAUUGAGAUUUCGUUGAAGGAGGCUGAAUAUAAUAAGAAUUAUGUUCAACCUGCUCAGCAGAAUAUUGCAAAGAAAUCAGAGCCCGUGAAUAAGCAGGAAGAAGAAAUGGAUGAAGAUCUUGCAGCAGCGAUAGAGGCUUCUCUUCGUGAAAUGCAGAUCAAUAAACCUAGUUCGACUAUUUCAUACAAUGCAAAUUCUAAUUAUUCAACUUAUAACCCUUAUGAUUCUAAAUCAUCUGAACUCUCUUCCGCUUAUGAAUUGUCGACAAUUGAAACCGAAAAUAUUUUUCAAUUUUCAGAAUUGCUCGAGAGAAUUCAAAACAGUGGAGGAGAUUUAAUGAGAAAUCGACAAGUUCAGGCAUUGUAUGAUAAAAUUGGGGAGUUGAAACCAAAAUUAACAAAAAAUUUGGCUGAAACAAUACAAAAACAUCAGGAUCUUGUAGAAAUGCAUGAAAAAUUGUCACAAGUCUUAAAGAUAUAUGAUCGACUUAUGGAAGAGAGAAUGUCCAAUACUUAUGCUAGACGUACGUCUUUGGUUACAUAUCCUACGGCUCAACAUUCUACGUCGUCAAUGGCUCCAGGUGGUGGACCCAAAUAUCCUGCUACACCUAGCAUUCAUACUUCCAAUAUUUAUACACAAUCUCCUUCUUACCCAGUUGCUUCAGCACCAGCACCAUCACCUACUUAUUACUCGGCACAAACCAUUAAUGCUGCCGAAACCUCAGGUGAGUAUAAAUCGAACGUUAAUAUAAAUCAACAAGGGUAUAUACCACAGGCAAAUGGAACUGUUGGUAACGUCAGUACAUAUUUCCCACAAACAAAUGGUACUGGUUCAGUCCAUACCCCACAAUCGAAUAGUAGUAAUUCAGAAUAUGCACCACCUCAGGCAAAUUAUGGGGUUGAUUACGGGUAUCAAACACCAUUACAACAACAACAAGCGCCCCCUCCACAGCAAAAUUAUUAUCAAUAUCAAACUCCUCCAUCUUCACAACAAAUUCAUUCUCCAUCUCCAUCGCAUCAGAUAGAAGAACCAUUAUUGAUUGAACUUUAA